AUGCAGUCUAAGCUUUUCAGUAGAGAAGAAGAAAAGAACCUGCUUCCACCAAAGACGGAUCAAGGGCUACGGAGAGUGCACUCUGACAUCCCAGUUAAGACUGAUAACAAUAUCGAAGAAUUGAACUGGGCCAUGAGCACAAAUGAAGUGGAGAUGGUGGAGUGUGAGUGCUGUGGGAUGUCUGAGGAUUGCACCCCUACCUAUAUCUCCCGAAUCAAAGAAUUUUUCUGCGGCAAAUGGGUCUGUGGCCUUUGUUCGGAAGCUGUAAAGGAGAUGGUGAAGCGAACUCCUGCGCUGACCAUGGAGGACGCUAUAGACUCCCACACGGCUCUCUGCAAGAACUUCAAUACCACCAGACUCAAGCUUAAGCUCUCCUUGGCCGGUGCAACGAGAGAUAUUGCAAGGAAAAGCUUUGAACGAAGAACUUCCAAGGACUCAUAUGGGUCCAAGAUUUCUAGGACCGUCAGCUGUGGUGCUGUUUUGGACCGAAAGUUCAAACGGUCACCAAUCCAGUGA